CCGAGAGAUCGGUUCGGGUGUUUUAUACCGGUCGUUGACGACGAGCGUACCGUAGGAGAAACAAUUUUAUUAUCCUUGUUUGUUCGAAUUUUUCCCUAAGCCAAAUUUCGUUUUAUUCGUUGCCAAUUUUUGGAAUAAUAAACCGUGGGGAAAAAAAAAAAAAAACAUUUUCACUAAUCGUUGAUCGGAUCGUUGUUGGAGUGAUCGAUAUGGACACCGGGCAGUGCGGUAAUCAGUGAUUAGAAGAAGGGAGGAAGGAUAUAAAACGGAUUGAUAGAAUCGGGCUGUUUUUGCGUGGAUCGAUUUUUUUUUUUUUCUUUUUUUUUUUUCUCGACAACAUCGAAAUUUCCACAAAGUGAUCGAAGAUAAUAAGUGAAGGAUAGGAAAGACGGGCUUAUAUUCACGAUGAUCGUGCGGCGUCGCCUGGUCCUGGCGCUAGCGAUCGUCCUGACCCUUGAGGUCUGUUUCGGGUCAGCAAAGGGUGAGAGAUGGUCGCGACAAGUCGCUAACAGCGAAUGGAUCCCGUUGGCGAGUCCCAGGUCGAUCCAGGAAAGCGGAAGUGGGCCAAGCGGUGACGGAAAUCCCGGAAAUCUGCGGCAGCUGGCGUUGCCAGCGGAGCUACAGCAGCAGUAUCAGCAACAGCUUCUGCAGAUCCAAGAGACGCAGGAGAGCAUCCAGAAGUUGCUGCUUCUUCAGCAGCAACUGAGAGCCCAGCAGCAGCUGCUUCAGGCCCAGUCCUACCUUCCGGAGGGUUUCGCUACCGACGAAGAACGGAAGUCGGCGCUCCACCAAAGCACAUUUGCCAAUGUUCAGACGCUGCCUCAGCUCGCACCUGACGCCCUGCUUCCACCUCCUCCGGGGAACCAACCCCAACCACCAGAAUUCCCAGCCCAGAACUUCCUGGCCGCGAAUAACCAGAAGGGGUCAACCCAGAGUGAACAAGACGCCCAGAAUCAGGAUGAGGAGCAGAACCAUUCUGGUGCGAAAGGGAAGACGAGAGAAUACGCGGCUAGACAGGGUGGACACUACAGGAACUCGAAGCAACAGCAACAGGAACAACAACAACAACAACAACAAAUUCGGGAUGAUCAAAAUAGCGAUGAGUUCAACUCGCAGACGACGCCAAGUUCGCUGAACGGACAGAAUGACGGCGAGGAAGAGGUCCAACUGGUAUACGUUCCUGCAGAAACUCUGGCCCAGCAGAAGACGCAGAGAGGUCGUAACCGGAAGCAGCAAGUUCUGGAGCAACAGCAACAGUCGUCAGUACUCCAGCAGACUCAGUACCAGCAACCACAGCGAGGUCGAUUGACUGGCCAUAAUUCGGGACUGCUGGGAGUGAGCCAAGGGAUCGAGGGAACUCGGCCGACAACGUCGCAGCAGGUAUUCGCACAGCAGAUACUGUACCAGCUGCAGCAGGAUCAAUUGGAGAGAGACAGGAUCCAGAAGGAGGCGCGAGAGAAGGAGCUCGCGCGUUUGAAGGAGGAACAGAAGGAGCUCGAGCGACAAGCGAAGCUGCACGAGGAACGAGUGCAGCGGGAACAGGAAGCGAAGCGUCAGAAGGAGCUGGAACUGCGUAAGGAGUUGGAAAGACAGGCGGAGGAGGCCAGACAGAAGGAGCUUGAGAAGCUGAAGAAGGAGGUGGCACGCCGGGAGGAAAUUAGGCGUCAGGAGGAACUGGAGCGGAAGAAAAUUGCCGAGAUCAGGGCGCAGGAACGGAGGCGAAAAGAAACGCUGGCCCGUCAAGCGGAGAUAGACAAGCUGGCCGCCCUUGAGCGGCAGAAGGAGAUCGAGAUCCAGCGAUCGCUCGAGCAACAACGUGAACUGGAACGCCAACAGGCAGAGGACGAAGCGCGGGCCCGCGCUCAGCUCGAGGCCCACCGUCAGGCCCACCAAGAGACCAUCGAGCAGCAGCGCAGGGCCCAAGACGAGGCAGCGAGCAUCGACGCCCAAAAUCGAGCUCGUAAUCAGGCCCAGCAACAACACCUGACCGAGACCGUCAGACCCAAGAAUCAAGGCCCGAGGAUCAAGGGACGCCAGCGACACGGUGGCCGACAGGAAGCGGCGACCACACCCUCGCCCAACCAACCACCGCUGUCCGUCUACAUGGGCAGCACCAGCCCCGUUAAAAACCCAGAGGAUCUGCGAGUCUCCGAUGUCCUCAGCAUCCUUAAGGACGCCAAGACCAUAUCCGUUCUCGACUCGGUCGGUCCCGACGCACCCCAGGUCUUCGUUGGACCGACCAACCUCGACCCGCCGCCCGGCUACGCCAAGUUCGACUUGCCCUACCUCUCCGCCAUCGACAAUAACCGCGUGGAGCGCAAGGUCGACAAGCUUCCGUUCUUUGUGGCUCCCCUCAGCUUCAAACCUCCCCCAGGAUACUCGAAGAUCCCGUUCCCUGCUCCGCACAUCGGCUCCGUUGUCGUAAAUACCCUGGAAGACGAGCCUGGGGUUCUCGACGGUGUCGAGGAGACCGCACCGAUCGUCGAACCCAACGCUUACGCCACCACACCAUCUCUUCCCUAUGCGCCUCAAUCCACCCCUGAAUUCUCCCAGGAGGCACUCAUCGCCACUACUACCCCCAGCUACCAAUCUGGAUUCUCUUCGACCCCGUUUCCCGGGGGAACGAGAUACAGACAUAGGCAAUUCUAUAACGACGACAGGUCGCCCCAGACCUCGUCAACGCCACAGUAUCAUCCCUCGACCGAGACGAUUGUUACGAAGACGAAGUUCAGGCAGUUCUACGUCGAGGAACAGGGUCACGGAACCGCUGGAUACAACUCUGAGACGACACCUUCAACCCUGCAACACAACCAGUUCCAGGAGGAAGUCGGCCAGGCUUAUAAGCCUGUAGCGAAUGAGCAGCCUGCCGUUCAAGAAACCGCCGAAAUUGCAGGGCUCUCACAGGGACCGACGCAGUAUUCGAUUCCCAAUGAACUACCCAGGAUAUCUCAACAACUACCGAGUCUCGUCAAUUCACUCUACGAACGUAACCAGUUCGUCGAAAAGACCACCCACGAAGCACCAACGACCCCGCCAACCACAACGACAACAACAACCGAACCCUCCACCACGACCCACAGAACCCGCGGAAGACAAAGAGGCAGGAUCGUUCCGACCAGACCACCAACAACUACGGAAUACCCUUCAACGAGAUCCUCGGUCACCGAGAGAUCACGAUUACGACCUUACAGCAGAUCAAGGGUGCGCCAGGCAUACGUGACGACUACGGAAGCCUACCAAGAACCAACGUACGAACCGACCAAGGCAAAGCUACCCGAGACACGAGAGAAAACCCGUCACUUCAACGCCGCUGAGCAACAUAGAAAACCCGUAGAGAGGAAUCAUCUGAGAUACAGGGGACGAGGUGGUGACCGGAAUGCGGUCCAACCGGAGGCUCAUCCGGAUGCUGUGAUCUCGCAGCAGGAGCAGAACGCCCAAAACCAGGAACCAAACCACCCGAAUAUCCCUCCGAGACAUUCUCUCCAGGGAUCAACGGCGCCGAUCCAGAAUCCUGAGGAAGUCUUCCAGUCAUCACCAAGCCCAACCAGCAUCUCAAACGACGGUCUGCAAGCCGAAGCCCAACCUCUUCACGGUGCAUCUGUACCGGAAGCAGUUGUCGGGACAGAUGGAGGAGCUCAGGUAUUCCAACAGCAAGUUCAAGGCAUCCAGGACGACCAUCAUGCCGGUUUUCCAAGCGUUGAGGCGAGUUCGUUGAAUGGUUUCAAUUUCCAGCCCCAAAUCGGGGCCGUGGGACCAACGGCUGAAUACCCCCAAACCACAGCUCAAUUAUACGAUAAUCAACCAGCGAAUUCCCAAGGGAAGGAUACCACCAACAGCUUCCAAUACAACGACUUUAACCGCGAUCAAGUUUACGGAUCGGCUCCUGUUCCAAACCACCAGCUGUCACCCCCCGACUCGAUUCAAUCCGAGCAGCACCUUGAUGCACAAGGCCCAACGUCUGGACCGGUUUACAACCGGCCAUCGGACGACAGCAACGGCUUCACGACCACCAGCACGACUACUGAAGCGCCAGAGGUCACAACCCCAAGGCCAACCUCAAGUUCGACGCCAUCAAUUAUUCGGCAAAGAGUGCGCACGCGGCUGGGUCAGAACGGCAACCGCCCCCGCGUCGACUCAGCUAUUCAGACUCGGCCGACCGGAUCCAGGGAUGAAUUCGUCCGGUUCAGCGCGGUCAAUCAGGACAGGCAGCUUUCGUCGAGUAGAACGCAACCCGGCUCUCGAACAAGGUCCAGGAAUCGCUCUCAGGCGAAUCAGCGUGGACAAACGGCCAACAACGACUACGUCCGGAUUCAGGCACCUCCUCAACGACCUACUACCACGACUACCACAACUCAGGCACCAAAGAGCUACGAUAAAGAUAGCGACGAGGAAAUUGAGUACGGAUUCAUCAGACCUCCAAGUUUCAAACCCAUCCAUCCUAUCAGUGAUGAAAAUAACGAGAAUGUUGGCACCUACAGACCUAAACACGAUCAGGUUCAAUCGCACGAGGUUCAAUCGUCGAACGACUCGCCUGUCGAAGUCAGCAGUCCACAUUCUGAAACGUUGAAGAAUCGAUCAAGGUAUCAAAUCAUGAACCGACGACCGUUGACCAGAUCCACGACGGAGUCACCACGCGUAGCAAACGUCGCAUCGCAAGGCCUUGAGGAAGAGGCUUACACUGUCAAACCGAGGGUGCACAACGACCAGGAGUCAAGGACCAUCAGGCCUCGCAACAGGGGCAGAAGACCUGCAAAGAAGAGGACAACGACAACAUCGACGACAACGACGACCACAACGACCACGACCGAACCCGUGUUGGACUCAAGCAAUGAAUUACCACUCGACGAAAAUUACCCACCGCAAAUAAUUCAAGGGAUUCCAGCUCCACCCGAAGAAACAGACCUGCGAACCCUCUUCAAGGAGGAAUUGAAUACCCCAAAUUUGGAAAGCCUUCCUCAAGCCGAGGCUCUGCAGAGACCGGUACAACUGAGCGCUUUUCAACAGAAUGAAAAUCUACAGUUUCCUCGCUCGGACUUCGUCCUGAACUUCGGCAUCGGUUCGAGCCACGAAGAGCCCAGAGAAGAGUACGAUCAAACGCAGUUGGCGAGUUCGACUCACCGCAAGUACACCCAGUUGAACAGAGGAACGUUCGACCCUGCAGGUCACCUUGGAAGAAAGCCGGCAAGCGACAUUGACGGCGCGGAAAGUCAAUGGUCGACUAAAUUGACCCUGUCAUCGUUCCAGCCGAGCUCAUUGGCGAACCACGUUCAAUCUGGAAGUGCGAAAGAUAUUCAAAGGCAAGAAAAGAGCGAUGACUCGUCAUUCGACAUCAUUACAGCCGGACCGGAUCUCUUGUCUGACAAAACCGGUGGCUCCGAACCGCCGAUAAGUAUCGUCGUGAAUGCAAGCUACCUUGGAAACGCUAAGAAAGAGGGUCUCGAGCUCAAGGAAAGGGGAAACCGGGGCUCGCUUCAUGGCAGACAGUUCGUUGAGCAGAUAAACGACCCCCUUAAAGACAGUCCGAGCAGUCUGAACGCGCUUCAAUUCUGGAACAACGGUCAGGGCUCAGAAACUGUUCCUGAAAACGCUGAAGCGACGAUGAAUGAGACCAAAACUGACUUGACCACGACCCCGAAGGUCACUCAAGAUCCCGUCGUCGUGACGACCGAAGUUCCAACGACCUUGGCAACGAAAGACGGUGAAGACGAAACUGGCCAACGAGAAUCCGCCACUUCGGAACAUCCCGAAGAGCCGACGACCACUAAGAGAACCACGCAAAGACGACGACGUGUCAGGGUACGCGUAAGGCCAUCGGACGAUUUCGUCAGCGCUGAAUCGCAGCACGUGUCUUCGGCCUGGAAUACCCUGUUCCGCGAAAAGCAGAGCCAUGAAGAGACUGAGCGUUUCGACAAAUCCAAGACUCCGACGACGGUCAGUUCGACAACCAGUGAACCAUCGACGACCGUUAAAUCCUUCCUCGAAGAGUUCUUCGAGGAGAUGACAAAGAAUAGCGAUGAAGAACCAGCCGUCGAAGCCGUCACGACGACGAUGACCAGCGUUCCGGACGAUCUGGAAAAAACCUCGAGCACUACCGUAGCAACGACCACCACCGAAACACCGACCACGCAAUGGACUACAACGCAGAGUCAGAAGACCAGCAACCUUCCGACUACCAUGCAAAAUGAGAAGUUUGUGACGGAAGCGACAACCGAACGUCAGAAUGUCUCUCCAAAGUCUGAAGAAAGGCUGACGAAACUUAGGGAGUCGGUGAUCAAAGAGGACCACCGCUUCCAUUCCAAGCAUCGGGCGAAGCCGUGGUGGAAACACGACUACGAAACGGUGACGGAGAAGGCGGAGGAAGAAAAGUUCGUCACGGUUGAUCCAAAGUUGCAAUACACGGUCGCUGAAGAUCCGGAAGAUGAUGAGGUCAAGGAGACCACGCUGGCUCACAGCAUCUCUGGCUACGUUGACGCCUUCUUCAAAACCAUGGAAGGAGCCGAAGAACCGACUACUCCGGCCUUGGCAUCGGAAGAAACGAGUACGGUUGACUCAACGCCCGUCUUUUCUGAUCGGAAGAGCAACGCCAGCGUAGAGAUGAGGGCGGGAAAGACUGAAGCCGAGGACGCGGCGACCACGACAAUGACGAAAGUCGAUCAGACGACGACUCCGGGGCAGGUGACAACGGUCAAUUUCACUCCUAACACCACGCCGGAAGUCCCCAUUUCGCCCGACGAGCUUACGACGGAAGUUCCGGUGGCCACGACCACCGUUGCGACUUCAAGUACCAAGGAUGAUCAACUCGGUAAAGUUCUGAGAACGUCGACUACUACCGAGGUCUCUCACAUGACGGAAAUAUGUUACAGAGGUCGUUGCGUCAAGACUAAAUCGGUUAAACGAAGAUAAACGGGAUUCUCUUCUUAAUUUUUUCAAACCUGAAGUAAUCUUACGGGUUUGCGGUUUAGGGGGCGUAAUUUAUUACUUGAAAACAUCAAUCACCGUUUAAACUUCUCACGCAGAGCACUAGUCUGAAAAUACACAGUCAAUUUAGACGAAACUUUCUGCGUUAUUCACUUAUUAUUUUCCAAUAAUUUUCUCGAUCCACAGUCGGCGCGUAUAUUAUUGAUAUUUCUCUCCAUAUACAUACUCAAGUACCAAAUUACAACUAACUGAUGAACUACUAUUAUCACUUUCUUUUUUCUAUUACAUAAAAUCAUUGUAUCAUAUAUAAAUUAUUAAGACACUACGCAUUAGUAAUAUUUAUAAAUAUAUAUCAGUACAUAUUACAUGUAGAUACAUUCACAUGAAAAAAAAAAACAUAUAUACACGUAUAGGAAUACUGAAUAGAAAUGAAAACAAACAGUGGCAUAUAUUUAAAGAAGAUCAGAAAUCGAAAGUAUAUAUCUUAAAGACUCGUAAUACCAUUUAUUUAAUGAAACGAUACAAUUAUCAUUAAUUAAUUAUGUGACAUUAUUACUAUUAUUAUUGUUAUUAUUAUUAUAUUAUAUAUUAUUAUUUAACUUAAUAUUCCUACAAUUUAUAAUGAAAUAUUGGUCGCUAGAAGAAGGAGAGUUGAGAAAAAAACCUGUAUGAAAAAUAAUACACUUAAUACUUAUGAUAAAUACGAUCGAACAGAAUUUUUACCGAACUUGUAAGAUGUAUGAAAUAUGUAUAAUACAUGGUAUAAAUGUACA